GCGAUAGAUUAGUCAGGUCUGAUUCAGAAUCAGCGGCCGGAGGAAGAAAACAAGCAGGCAGCUCUGAGCCGCAUUUCAGAGGAUCGAACACCGUCUCAGGCCGCCGGUCAUGGGUUUGACCAAGCAGUACCUACGCUACGCCGCCAGCGCCGUGUUCGGCGUCAUCGGCAGCCAGCGGGCCAACAUCACAUACGUCACGCUUCGAGGCGGGGAAAAGGGCCGCUACGUGGCUGUGGCCGCAUGCGAACACGUCUUCAUCUGGGAUGUCCGAAAAGGAGAGAAGGUCCUGAUCCUGCAGGGACAGAAGCACGAGGUGAGCUUCCUCUGUCCUUCUCCAGACGCUGUUCACAUCGCUGUGGGUUACGAGGACGGCGUGGUGCGGAUCUUCAACCUGCUGAGCGGGGAGAGCAACGUCUCCUUCAACGGACACAAGUCUGGGGUCACAGUAAUGAGCUACGACGCGCUCGGAGCGCGGCUCGUCACCGGCUCUAAGGACACAGAUGUGAUUGUGUGGGACAUCAUCAAUGAGUGUGGACUGUACAGGCUGAGGGGACACAAGGAUCUCAUCACACAGGCCUUGUUCCUUAAAGACAAGAACCUCCUGGUCACAAGCUCUAAGGACACGUUUGUGAAGUGGUGGGAUCUGGACACCCAGCACUGCUUCAAGACCAUGGUGGGACACCGCAGUGAGGUGUGGGGAAUGGCUCUGUUGGACCAGGAGAACCGGCUUCUGACCGGAUCAGCUGACAGCGAGCUCCGCGCCUGGGACAUCAGCUACCUGGAGGAGAAAAAAGCUGAAGGUGAACCCAAAGUGAAGAAGGAAAAAUCUCUGCUGGAGGAAAACGAUGGAGCUGAUGAUGAAAGCGAGGAGGAGACCCUGGAAGAGCGCAUCCUGAGCUGCAAGAAGGCCGGCUCCAUCCUGAGAGAAGCCAGAGAUCGGGUGGUCUCCCUGACCGCAGACACCAAGGCCAGAGUGAUCGCCUGCCAUGGGAAUGAUGCAGUACUAGAAGUGUUCACCGUGCUGACGGAACAGGAAGUGCAGAAAAAAAUGACCAAGAAGCUGAAGAAAGCCAAGAAAAAGGCAGCAAAAGCUCAGGAAGACGCAGGCGAUGAGACAGAGCCGGUGGUUGAGAGGACGCUGAAGGACGAGAUCAUCAGGCUAACGAACAUCAAAGCUUCAUCAAAGAUCAGGUGGGUGGACGUCCUGUCUUGUGCAGGAGGAGAGCUGAAGUUUGCGCUGCUGCUUCAAAACAACACAGUAGAAACCUACAGCCUGAAGACCUCCGACAAGAACCCGACAGCCAAUAAGACGGCUCGGCUCACACUGGGCGGUCACCGCACAGACGUGCGCACGCUGGCCUUCAGCUCCGACAACCUGGCUGUGCUGUCAGCCUCUGGAGACACGGUGAAAGUCUGGAACAGGGCAACCCUGCAGGUGGUCCGCACCAUGGCGUGUGAUUACGCCCUCUGCUCUCUGUUUGUGCCUGGAGACAGACAGAUAAUCCUGGGAGCGAAGAGCGGGAAGCUGCAGAUCUUUGACUUGGCUUCAGGAAGCCUGCUGGAAACAGUAGAUGCCCACAGCGGCGCGGUGUGGACCCUGUGCCUGGCCCCGGAUCAGAGAGGAAUCAUCUCUGGAAGCGCUGAUAAGACAGUAAAGUUCUGGGAGUUUGAGCUCAUCAAAGACCCAGAGACGAGUCAGAAGCGGCUGACGCUGAAGCACACCCGAACGCUGCAGCUGGAGGAAGACGUCCUGUGUGUGAAGUUUUCUCCUGAUCACAGACUGCUGGCCGUCUCUCUGUUAGACUGCACCGUCAAGAUCUUCUACACAGACACCCUGAAGUUCUUCCUGUCCCUGUAUGGACACAAGCUGCCUGUGCUCUGUCUGGACAUCUCACAUGACAGCACGCUCAUCGCCACCGGCUCUGCUGACAGGAACGUUAAGAUCUGGGGUUUGGAUUUCGGAGACUGUCACAGAUCUCUGUUCGCUCAUGAUGACAGCGUCAUGUUUCUUCAGUUUGUCCCAAAGACUCAUCUGUUCUUCACCGCCGGGAAGGACAAGAAGAUCAAACAGUGGGACGCUGACAAGUUUGAGCUCAUCCAGACUCUGGAGGGUCACCAUCGGGAGGUCUGGUGCUUGGCCAUCAGCCCAAACGGAGAUCACCUGGUGUCGUCGUCUCACGACAAGUCGCUGCGUCUGUGGGAGAGGACGAGGGAGCCCAUCAUCCUGGAGGAGGAGCGAGAGAUGGAGAGGGAGGCGGAGUUUGAAGAGAGUCUGGCUAAAGGACCGGUUCCUGUGGUACCAGGAGAGACGGAGGGAGAGGCGGCACCAGCCGGCAAGAAGAGCAUCGAGACAGUAAAGGCUGCGGAGCGAAUCAUGGAGGCGCUGGAGCUUUUCAGAGAAGAAAGCAGGAAGCUGGAGGAGCACAAGUACUUCUGUGAGAAAGCUGGCAAAGAGUUGCCUCCUCCUAAACCCAAUCCCAUCCUGGUGGCCUUUGGAAACGUAACCCCGUCCCGCUACGUUUUAGACGUCAUAAAGAAAGUCAGAUCGAGUGAGCUGGAGGUUUCUCUGCUGGUGCUGCCGUUUCCUUACGUCCCUGAGCUGCUAAAGCUCUUCAACAGCUACAUCCAGCAGGGCCUGGAGGUGGAGCUCGUCUGCCGCUGCCUCUUCUUCCUUCUAAAGAUCCACUUUGGUCAGAUCACCAGUAACCAGAUGUUGGUGUCCGUCAUUGAUGAGCUAAAGACCAAUACGCUCUCCAGAGUGCGGCAAAUCAGAGAUUUGCUGGGAUUCAACAGCGCUGCUCUGCAGUUCCUCCAGAGGGAGAUAGAGAGCAAGGAGGAUGUGACCUUCUUCACUGACGCCACUGGCCAGCUGGAGGAGAAGAAGAAGAGGAGGAGGAAGAGGGAGCGGGCCGUUCUGACCAUAGCUUAAAUUAAGAACAUUUUUCUAGUGAAGAACCACCUUAUGUCAUUACUUAGGACUUUUAUAUGUGUGAAGUGUUAAACCAGCAAAGUUUUUAUGUACUAAAUAAACAGCUCCUACAAUUUCUCUGA